UGGAAAUGAAGGAAGAUAUAAACACCAAAAAGGAAGACAUGAUGUUCCACAAAAUCUACAUACAGAAGCACGACAAUGUUAGUAUCCUGUUUGCUGAUAUUGAGGGCUUUACCAGCCUGGCAUCACAGUGUACAGCUCAGGAGCUAGUUAUGACUCUGAAUGAACUCUUUGCACGAUUUGACAAGUUAGCGGCAGAGAACCACUGCUUGCGCAUAAAGAUCCUGGGGGAUUGUUACUAUUGUGUCUCUGGAUUGCCUGAGGCCCGCGCUGAUCAUGCUCACUGCUGUGUGGAGAUGGGGAGUUGACAUGAUUGAAGCCAUCUCACUUGUGCGAGAAGUGACAGGUGUCAAUGUAAAUAUGCGAGUGGGGAUCCAUAGUGGACGUGUUCAUUGUGGAGUUCUUGGCCUGCGCAAGUGGCAGUUUGAUGUGUGGUCUAACGAUGUGACUCUGGCCAACCAUAUGGAAGCAGGUGGUAAAGCAGGGCGGAUUCACAUCACUAGUGCAACACUAAAUUACUUGAAUGGGGAUUAUGAGGUGGAGCCUGGUUGUGGAGGUGAAAGAAAUGCAUAUCUGAAAGAACAUGACAUCAAGACCUUCCUGGUGACCGGAUGCAGCCAGAAGAGGAAAGAGGAAAAAGCAAUGCUGGCAAAGCUACAAAGGGCAAGAGCAAAUUCAAAUGAAGGCCUUACAAGAGUCUGGGUACCUGAAAGAUCUUUUCCACGCAACAAAGGCUCCAAAGCCUUUCGACAAAUGGCCCUGGACUCACUAGGUAAUGAAGCUGUCUUAAGGAUGAAUGCCCUAAAGCCUGCACCUAAGAAGAAAAAAGUCAGCAAUGGCUACUGCUAUAAUUCUAUGCUAACAGGUCCCCUUAGGUUGUGUCUGUGCCAAAAAUGA